AUGAAGAAAGUUUUAUCAAUCUGCGUUCAAGCAAUUGUUAUUUUUGUAGUCGCGGGAAGUUACAUUAUUUUCAAUAGCAGUCAUACAAUUAACAAACAAAUGAUUUUGAAAAAUGCUCAAGUGAAUCAGACCGAGACCGGCUAUAACAAUACAUCGAAGGCAGAAUUUUCAAUUGAUAGACUUCACCUUGUAACAAGUUACCAAAGAAUGUUUUCGCCACCACUGUUGGUAAAUAAAUCUGAAAAUAAUGCAAGUCGUUUAAGCGAAAGGGAGGAAGAAAUCGAAAUGAAUCAAUUAAAUCAAGGGAAUAAGACCGAGACUGCCAGAAAUAAUAAAUCGAAGACACUUCUUUCAAUUGAUAUACUUCACCUUGUAACAAAUUACCCGAUAAUGUUUUUGCCACCAUGGUCGGAUAACCAAUUUGAAAAAAGUAUGAGUCGUUUAAUGAAAAGGCAGGAGGAAAUCGAAGAAACUCUUCAAAGAAACCUAAAUCACCCUUUUAUCAAAGCUGUACAUAUUUUUAUUCAUCAAGACUCAGCUAAAGACCGACUAAAUGCUUUGGUAUUAACAAAUAAGCACAAACUCGUCAUCCGUUAUCACACAGGAAUGCCAACACUGCUAAAUGAAGUAAUCGUUAUAACAAACAUGGAUAUCUACCUUGGAGAAGGAUUUGAGAAUUUGAAUGUCAAUUUAAUGACAAAAUAUAACAUUGCCUAUGCCUUAACGCGCAGUGGAAAAAGGGAGAGGCGAUGUCAUAUGAAUAAUACAAAUGGAUUAUGUGAAGGACAAUAUAUUGGAGCCCACGAUACAUACAUAAUGAAACUGACAGAGCCUGUUAGCGACGAAGCAUUAGAGAUAAUGAGCGAAAACAUGCAUAGAGCAGGAUCUGACAACAGACUCGUUUGGCUCAUGAAAAACACAAUGAAUAAGAAAGUUUUAAAUCCUUGUCAUUUGUUAAAGACAUAUCACAACCAUUGUUCUGAUGUUCGUGGAUAUGGAAGAUUUUCUAGACUACCAACGGAUUAUGUUUCGCUAUGUCCACCGUCUGGCUUAUACGAAUAAUCAAACUUUUAUUGAUUGAAAACUCGUAUCUUUAUUCUACUUAACAUGCAUAAAAUAUUCCAUAUCGAUAGGAAGAAUUUAAGAACAUCUGCAAAACAUUUUAUAAGAUAAAAAUUUGAUCAUCCUUGACUUUUUUAAGCCUCAAUGUUGGCUUUUUUGUGUUCGACUGUGAAAUGCCAUAACUGGGAAGUAGUUGUGUUUUUCACAGGACGAAACGAACAUUGUCCCAACAGGCUUAUAUACUGUCCAAAGUUGUUUUAUGUUUUACUUGAGCAGAUAUUUUGUAGCGUUUAUAUACGUUUUCGAUCGCAGAAUCCUUCAAUUUGUAUCGGUUUGCAUGCAAACAAAUACAAUUAUUUUGUUACAAAUCAGCAGCA